AAAGAUGCAAAAAAAUUGCGAGAUCCAUUGCCCUUGUACGGCCACAUUUAGUUGAGGAGGAGUAGAAGAGAAGCUAUACUUCGAAUCGAAGGGUGUCGAGUCGAGAGCACGAGGAAGAGCAAGCAAUUCCCAACGGCGGCAACAAGUGGCGGCCACCGGCUCCACUGUGAAGAAUCUCUGUCGGCCAUCUCUUCCAUUUCGGCACCAGCAAGUUAACUAAACCCAGAUAUCAAAUUUGUCUUCUUCAUCACGUAGCUCAUGGCCACGGCAAAAAUGCCACUUCAAUCAACUCCCCUACAGAAGAAUCAAUUAAUUUCCUUCGCUCAUAGCAUUAUGCAUGAGGGAAGGAGGCAUUUUUGUCCGUUGCAAGAAUAGGGAUUGUUGCUCAGUCGAUGCACGUUAAACUUAAAUGUUCCUUCAGAUCUCUGGUUGCAUCAAACUCCGUAUUAUGCCACUACUACUUAACCUUACCCUCUAUUCUUCAUUAUUCAACUAUCCCACACAAUCCAAACUCAGAAGAGCAUCAUCUGUAUGACCAUCUGCUGCAGUCUUGCUUACGGCAAUGCAGGCAAAUCAAGUACCACUAUCUGUUUGAUGAAAUUUCUGGGAGACGUUCCUUGGUCUCAAGAAUUAGCAAAGUCAUCCAUGCCCACAGCAUUAAAAAUGGAAUUGGAUCAGAAGGGUUACUUGGAAAUGCCGUUGUUGAUCUCUAUGCUAAAUGUGGCAAUUUGGGCUUUGCUGAGAAGGUGUUUGAUCAGCUGGAUAAUAAGGAUUUGUUGGCUUGGAAUUCACUUCUUGUUAUGUACUCUAGAAAUGGGUUGCUGGAACGGGUUCUUCAAUGCAUUGGGUCUCUAAGAGAUUAUGGGCAAUUGCCUAAUGAAUUCACUUGUGCUAUUGCUCUGUCUGUUUGUGCAAAACUGAAGAAUGUUGAAUAUGGCAGGUUUGUUCAUUGUUGGGUAAUCAAGGGAGGUUUUUCAUCAUUUUCUGUUUGCAAGGGUUCCCUUAUUGAUUUGUAUGCCAAAUGCAACUGCAUGAGAGAUGCUCAAAAGGUAUUUGAUGGGGCUUUGAACUUAGACAUUGUUUCUUGGACUGCAAUAAUAUCUGGUUACAUUCAAGAUGGUUUACUGGAGGAGGCAAUAAAAAUGUUUGAGAAAAUGCUAAAAUCUGGUCUUGAUCCGGACCAAGUUAUCUGCAUAACCAUUAUGAAUGCAUUCUUGAGUUUAGGAAGGGUGAAAGAUGCAUGUGAAUUGUUUAAACAGAUGCCCACUCGCAAUGUUGUAGCAUGGAAUGUAAUGAUUUCAGAUCAUGUGCGCAGAGGUUGUAAUGAGGUGGCCAUUUCAUAUUUCACUGAAAUGAGGAAGGAUGGAAUAAAAUCCUCAAGAUCCACUUUGGGAAGUGUUUUGAGUGCAAUUGCCAGUUUAGAGGCUCUGGAUUAUGGGUUGUUAGUUCAUGCAGAGGCAAUCAAACAAGGUUUGGAUAACAAUGUGUAUGUAGGAAGUUCUUUAAUCAAUAUGUAUGGCAAGUGUUUCAUGUUGGAUGCUGCAAAGCAAGUCUUUGACGCAAUAGAUGAAAAAAAUAUUGUCAUAUGGAAUGCCAUGCUUGGAGGUUAUGCACAGAAUGAUUAUGUUGAUGAGGUUAUGGACUUGUUCUUCUGCAUGAUGAGAUGCGGUAUGGACCUGGAUGAAUUUACAUACACCAGCAUUUUAAGCUCAUGUAGUUGCCCAAAAUACCAAGAAAUGGGUCGCCAGUUGCAUUCUGUUAUUGUCAAAAAAAGAUUUACAACUAAUUUAUUUGUGAAUAAUGCAUUGAUAGAUAUGUAUGCUAAAGCUGGGGUUUUGAAGGAAGCUAGAAAGCUGUUUGAGCUCAUGCCAAGUCGAGAUAAUAUAUCUUGGAAUGCAAUUAUUGUUGGAUAUGUGCAGCAAGAAGAUGAGGCUGAAGCUUUCAACUUGUUCCAGAGAAUGAUUUCUCAUGGUAUUGUGGCUGAUGAGGUGUCUUUGACUAGUAUGCUUAGUGCUUGUGGAAAUGUCAAGGCCCUGGAAGGAGGAAAACAAGUCCAUUGUCUGUCAUUUAAGUUGGGUUUAGAAAGAAGACUUUGUGCUGGAAGUGCUCUUAUUGACAUGUAUUCCAAGUGUGGGGCCAUUGGAGAUGCACAAAAAGUAUUUUCUAGCAUGCCAGAGUGGAGUGUUGUCUCUCUAAAUUCUCUGAUCUCUGGGUAUGUCCAAAAGAAUACAAAAGAAGCUUUCAAUCUUCUUCAUAAGAUGCUUAUCAUGGGACUAGAGCCAUCUGAAGUUACAUUUGCAAGCCUUAUAGAUGCUUGUAGGCCUCAAAAUAUAACAUUAGGCUUGCAGAUCCAUUGUGUCAUCUUAAAGAGGGGCCUUUUGUGUGGUAGUGAAUUCUUAGGGGUCUCUUUGUUGGGCAUGUAUAUGGAUUCUCAAAGAAUUGCAGAUGCAAACAUUCUUUUCUCAGAGUUUUUGAAUCUUAAAAGCACAGUAUUAUGGACUGCUUUAAUUUCUGGACAUACUCAAAAUGAUUGCAGUGAAGAGGCCCUGACCUUGUUCUGGAAAAUGCGUGAGAACUAUAUUUUACCUGACCAAGCUACAUUUGUUAGUGUUCUUCGAGCUUGUGCUAUCUUAUCUUCAUUGCAAGAUGGAAACAAGAUACAUUCUCUAAUUUUCCAUACUGGUUUUGACUCAGAUGAGUUAACCAGUGGUGCUCUAAUAGACAUGUAUGCUAAAUGUGGAGAUGUAAGAAGUUCUGAGCAAGUUUUCAAAGAAGUGAGUUCUAAAAAUAAUGUUAUUUCUUGGAACUCAAUGAUUGUUGGAUUUGCCAAGAAUGGGUAUGCAGGAAAUGCUCUUGACAUAUUUAAUGAGAUGACACAAUCAAGUGUUAUGCCAGAUGAUGUCACAUUCCUUGGGGUGCUUACUGCCUGUAGUCAUGCAGGGUGGGUUCCCGAGGGCCGUCAAAUUUUUGAUAUGAUGAUCAAUCAAUAUGGUAUUCAGCCCAGAGUAGAUCACUAUGCCUGCAUGGUUGAUCUUCUUGGUAGAUGGGGGUUUCUUAAAGAAGCAGAGGAGUUCAUUGACAAACUAGAUGUUGAAUCCAAUGCUAGGAUUUGGGCCUCUCUGUUAGGAGCUUGCCGAAUACAUGGAGAUGAGAAAAGGGGGCAACAGGCAGCUGAGAACCUCAUUAAGUUAGAGCCUCAAAAUUCUUCUCCUUACAUACUGCUUUCUAAUAUAUAUGCUGCAUCAGGACAUUGGAAUGAAGCAAGAUCUUUGAGGAGAACAAUGAGAGAGAAAGAAGUCCAAAAGAUGCCUGGAUUUAGUUGGAUCGUAGUGGGACAAAACACUAACAUAUUUGUUGCUGGUGAUAAAUCGCAUUAUAGUUCAGAUGAAAUCUAUGAAACUUUGAAACAUCUUACUGCACUAAUGAGAGAGGAUAGAUUUCAGGAAGGUGGAACAUUUCAGGUUGCUCAAAUUUAGUUAUUCAGAAUAGUUGAAGCUCUGCAGUCGACUCUAGUUUGCUGCCUGACUGAACAUAACGAUGCAUCUUUUGCUGAAAGGAGCAAAGAAAGAGUUAAGAUAUGUGCAACUCCUCGUCUUUUCCUUUUCCUUUUUUUUUAAAAAAAGAUUUUUACAUUUCUUAGAAAUUUUAGAAAAGGGAUUUUUUUUUUUUUAGUUAAGUUGAACUUGAACAUCAUAUUGAGAGAAAUGUAGUGGCAAUUCUACUUGUUUCUUCCCAUGCUUAAUUAAUUGUUUUCUUAUGUUCGGGUUGUUUUGUGUCACCACGUUAUUUAAUGGAAAAAAUUUAUUCUGGAUUGAGAACUUCAGAAGACUCUGAAGUUCUUUCAUAUGGUUCAUUAAUUUUGGUAUUAACAUUUGAGACUAAAACUUAAGGUAUUAUAGCUUAAACCACAAUAGUUAACUGGAGGAUUCGAAAGAUAUUAUUUGCUGAAAGUUUUCUAUUUGACUACUCUUGGAGGAUGGAUUUUUUUGGUCAAGAAAGAACUUAGGGAGAUACUUGAAGUUUGCUUAUAAAACCUCACCCAUCUUAAUGUCAAUGUUUCUGAUUAGACUGAAUGUGUAGCAAAGUGAGAUGAUCUAAUGUACUCCCUCCAGAUCAAAAUAGAAGGACAUUGGUAACUAAUUCGCAGUUCUAAAAAAAUGUUAGAUGAAAUCUUAAUUUCUUAAAAAAAUUUGCAUCUUUCCAAUUUGACCUUCAUUAAAUACCUAAUAUAUGUAGCUUGAUAAUGAUAAUUAAAAUUUCAAUGCAUCAUUUUUUCAAAAAGAGCAAUAAAUGAAAUAGGGAUAUAUUUGGAAAAAAAAUUAUAAAAGUUACUCAAUACCUUAUAUUUUGGACCAUAUAGGGCUUCUAGAAGAUGUCUUAUAGUGUAAUUCGAAGGGAGUAUUGAAUAAAGUUAUAUCUAAGGACUAGUACGCCUAUCAAAUUGCCAUGUUUUUAUAAUUCUGACAUUAAUUAGUUAGAUAUAGCCGUUAGUAGAAGUUUGUUAAUAGCCGUUGGAGGUAUUUGGGUUCCUAUAAAUACUUUUCUAUUCAAUUGUAUUGUUGUUGUUGACAGAUUAAUAAGAUCUUAGGAUUAUUCAGAAUUCCUUAUAUAUCUUUCUCUCUUUUUCUCCAACCUCUCAUCUCUCUUCUCUUCAUAAAACCUCUCUGCUCUUCUCUCCACCAACCUUCUUCUAUAAUCCUCUACUUCUAAAGAUUACAAACAUCCAACAGUGGCAUUAGAGCCAGACUGUCCUUGGCACCUCCCUUAUUCAUGUUUGAUGGUACAUGGUGACAACUCGCACCCAAAAAUAGUAAGAAAUGGAUGAUCGAGUUGCAAGAUUUGAAGAAAGAUUCGAAAAAGUAGAUACCUUGUCAGAAAUGGUAGAGGGUAUCUCUAACCAACUCCAACUGGUCAUGCACAAUAGAGAAGCCUUGAAUAACUAUGACUGAAAAGGUUGGCGCGAACACAGAUAUGAGGAACGUCAGAAUAGAGACGAUGGACCAUGCUGCAGAGAAGACUAUAGACGGCCAUACCCAGUUUAUGAAGAUGGAGUUCCCUAGGUUCUCGCGUUCUGAUUUAGUAGGUUGGCUUAUGCGUUGUGAAGAGUUCUUUAGUCUUGAUAAUACCCUAGAUGAUGAUAAGAUUCACAUGGCAAGUAUUCAUCUGGAUGAGAAGGUAUGGUCAUGGCACAUUGCGGUGAAGAAGAUGUGGGAUGGCGUCGAACCUACCUAGGAACAAUAUGCCUAGUCCUUGUGAGAACGUUUUGGGCCACUGCAUGAGACCCCUAAGGCCAACUUGAUGCGACUCCGCCAACAGGGAUCUUUAUUAGACUUUAAUGAUGCUUUGGACACAAGAGCCUGCAAGAUGGAUCUUUCCUAAGGCUAUCUGGUUGAAGCAUACAUAGAGGGACUAGCUGAAGAAUUCACGGCCUCAUGCGACUUUUUAAACCUUGAACACUUCAAGAAGCACGAACUUUGGCUCGGAUGUAGGAAAUUACUCUUUAGCGAAAGACCGAGUGGAAGACGAGUAGCAAGACUCCUUCACAUGUGGCUGCUCCUUCAAACACGUCAUCAUAGAAUGCCUAAAACACAUGAGGUUCUUACAAAAGUGCUUUAUUAAGCGGUGGGACCCAGAGCAAAGGGAAGUUAACACCUUUAGCCUCUAAAACUUUGUCGUUUCCCUCUAAGAAUGCCAUUAAUGCUUUUAAAACUCUCUCUGCAAAAGAAGAAGCAUCUUGGUUGCCUUUGUACCAAUUUUGGCAAAAGUUUCCUCACUUUGUUAUCACUUAUCCUUGAGGGCAAGGAUCUCUUUUGAGGAGGGUUAUUAUUAUGUUUUUAUAAUUUUGACAUUAAUUAGUUAGAUAUAGCUGUUAGUAGAAGUUUGUUAAUGGCUGUUGGAGGCAUUCGAGUUCCUAUAAAUAUUUUUCUAUUAAAUUGUAUUGUUGUUGACAUAUUAAUAAGAUUUUGGGAUUAUUCAGAAUUCCUUAUCUAUCUCUCUCUCUUUUUCUCCAACCUCUCGUCUCUCUUCUCUUCUUAAUACCUCUUUGCCCUUCUCUCCACCUACCUUCUUUUGUAAUCCUCUACUUCCAAAAAUUACAAACAUCUAACACAAACUUAUUCAACUGUUAUGACUUGCGUUUUCUUGUUUUAGUGCAGAUACUCGCGGGGAUUGUAUUGUUUUGCUUGUCUCUACAUGAUCAAUGUUCUUACUAUGCGUCCUUACUUCCUUCCCUCCCUUUAUUUUUCUAAUAUUGGUUGUUAUUGCAAAACAAGCAAAACCACAUUUUAUUUCAUAUUCAAACUUUUCAUUGUCCAUUUGCGCAUGCAACAGUGCCAACAGUUGUCCAUCCAUUUUUUUCCAUUGGAUAUUGAUGGUGGUUAAAUUUUUGGGAUUGAUUCCCCAACUUGCAUGUGUUUUUACUAUAUGCAUGGGCUGAAGCUAUUGACCUUUCCGUAUUGAAAAAAGCAAUCAAUCGAUGAUGCUGCUAGAACUGACCUAUAAACUUAGUGGUCUUGCUUCUCAAGCAUUAUCAUGAAGUUUGCAGAUUUGUAUUUUGAACUAUUGUGUAUGAACUGACUUUUGAAAUACAUAUAGAUUUAGUUUGGUUUCUCCAUUUCAACCACUGUGCAUUAAUACUUUAUCAUUUUCUUUGUUUGCCCGUGCAGGUUGAACCUUGUUUUCUUAAGAAGCAACGGCACUUAUUUGCACAUGACCAUAUGGGCCUGAGUAUUUGAUUCUAAGAGGGUUAUCCAGUGUGAUGCUUGUUUUUGGCAAAGGAAAGUACUCUAUUUUACAGGAGAUGCCACCCCGACGAGUUUAUGUAUGCAUUUCUGGAAUUGAGAACAUUAUGAUUCAAUCUUUGGUUGAUCAACUCAAUGGCAAUCGAGUGAAGAUAAAAUAUUGGCAACAAUUUGAUCUCUGUGAGAGCCAUGAAUGGUCAUCUGCAGCAAAUAGCCUACAUUAUAGCACACUAAGGAAGAGAAGCAAUUCUACAAAAUUUUUGUUGGUCUCAAUCCAGUCUUUGAAGAGGUUAGAAGUUGCAUCAUGAGCAUGGAUCGAUUGUUGAAGUUGAGCAAGAAGAAAGCUGACAUCACAUUGUCAAGUUUCCUCCACCUCCUUUGAAGCCUCAACGUUGGCAGUCCAAGAACCAUAAGUCAGAGAGCACAUGUUAAGGAAACCAGGCAUAUACCAUGGUGUGACCAUUGCCAUAAACUUGGCACACUAAAGACAGAUUCACAAGAUGCAUGGGAGGCUAGCAAAGUAAAUGAAAAAAGAAGAAUCUAUAAGUAAUGGAAGAGGAUACUCCUGGUGAAUCCCGAGGAGAAACCACAAGCUGAGAGUGAGAUGCAUGACUGAAGCAAGUUAUAGCUUAAAAUGGGGUUGUGUUUGUCUGCUGCACACUACCUUGUAGCACGGUGCAAUGUUGCAAAUGCACCCAAACAUUUAGGCUUAGUUUGAAUGGAGGGAAAACUCCAAAAAAUAGUAAAAUUUAUUAUUAUUAUUAUUAUUAUA